CUGGACGCGCUGACGUAAUUCUUCCACCCCCUGGGGACGCGGUGACGUAAAUGUCCCCGCCGGCGCCUCGCGUUGUGACGUCAGCCGUCCCGGAUGCGACACCCGAUUCCUCUCGAAUGCUGCUCUCCCCGCCUGAGCUCAGUGACAGCAGGGCCCAGCAGCAUCUUCCCAACUCCACCAUGGAGUUUGGAUGUUCAACAGAAAUGACAACAAACCCUCCAGCACCAGACUUUCAGAACAAAAACCGUGCUGCUAUCCUGGCAGAGCUCAAACAGGAGAAGAAAAAAUUGAUAAUGCAGAAUCAGUCAGCAAUGAACAACCCUGGAGCCAGUAUCCCUUUAUCAAGACCUGCCUUUGCUAAAGAUUUUCGAGACCAUGCUGAACAACAGCACAUAGCGGCACAACAGAAAGCAGCCUUGCAGCAUGCACAUGCACAUUCUUCAGGAUAUUUCAUAACUCAGGACUCUGCAUUUGGAAAUCUUAUUCUUCCUGUGUUGCCACGUUUGGAUCCAGAAUAACCACACAAAAUAAUGACUAUUAAACUGAUAAGAAAAAAUGCAAACAGGGCUUCAUUUUUCAUACCAGAAUGAACACCGAUUUAAAGGGAAGAGAACAUUUAUCGAUCUGUUCAUCGGUUGAUUGUGUCAGUGGACAUGACGUUUCAUUGCCGAUUUUGCAUAUGGAUAUUUUGUACAAGAGAAAAGGAAGCACCCAAUCUGUGUUUUAAAAUCUGAACACAAAAGUUUGCUUAUGUUUAGCUUUUGUGACUGGCCCCAGACUUAAAUUCAUCGACACAAAAAGAUGCCAAAUGUUCUAGAACAAAUAUUAGCUGAUCAUAAUUUUGCGGAUAUUUUUAGAACUUCAACAAAUGGCAGGGCUUUUGCUAUGCACCAUCUGAAUUCAGCAUCUGCUGUGAGAAAGGCAGUCUUUGUUGUGUCUGCUUCUCGUGGUUGAAUCAUUACACAAAAUGACCUCAAUCUUUACAUGCUGCUAAUUGGAAUUGACAAGCUCCUGCAUUCGAAAUUGAGUAAAUUUAAAAAGAUACUGUCAUGAGAGGAAAUUUACAAUAGCUGUUGUCUUAUAAUAUUUGUGUAUAAAUGUAUUCUCAGUAAUUCAGUUAUGACUGAAAUAGUAUAUUUGGCUUUUAGUGAAGCUGUUUAUCUCUUAAUUGAAUCUUCACCAGAUGUCCCUCACAUAGGGCGGCACGGUGGCUUAGUUGGUUAGCACUGCUGCCUCACAGCACCAGCAACCCGGGUUCAAUUCCCGCCUCGGGCAACAGUCUGUGUGGAGCUUGCACAUUCUCCCCGUGUCUGUGUGGGGUUUCAUCCGGGUGCUCCGGUUUCCUCCCACGGACACACACAUGUUCAGGUUACGUGAAUUGGCCAAGGUAAAUUGCCAGUAGUGUCAGGAGUAAAAGAAAACGUAGGGUAGGGGAAUGGGUCUGGGUGGGGUUGCUCUUCGGAAUGUCGCUGUGGACUUGUUGGGCUGAAGGGCCUGUUUCCACACUGUAGGGAAUUUAAUCUAAUGGAUUUAAUUUUGUCAGUAACCUGCUAAAGAUGAAAUGCAGCUUUUUUUAAAACUGCUUACACAGGAAAGGCUUUCUUAGUUGUACAGUAUUUUGUAAAACAUCAAUAGUAUUCAUCACUUGUUCCUUUGAAAGAGUAUUGUUUUCAACUAAGCUUACAAUAACUAUGGGUAACGAUGCUCAAAAACUGUCAGGCCACGUUCAGAAUUAGUGUUAGUUACUCAGGCUAUAAAAAAUAGGAAAUGUUUGGUGUUUCUUAUCAGCAUUUGGAGAAAGGGCCUGUUAACGUUUUGAGUUUUGACAACCUUUCAUCAUCAGGUAAGGUGUAACAGAUGUACAGAAACAGGGAAAGUGGGUAGGUGGAGGAGGUUACUUGUUAAUUAUUUAACUCUUUCUAGUUUUGAUUAAAUGUUGACUGAUGUGAAAUUGUUUUCACAGAUAACGACGCACCUGAUGAACAUUUGUUUUUAUUUUAGAUUUCCAGUAUCUGCAGCCUUUUGUUUCUGUAUUACCUGCUCUAAACAUGAGUGAAAGAAAUAAAGGGAGAGUUUCAGUGAUGAUUCAGCCCCUUUUUUUUCUCUUCUCCUCUUCCUCUAUCCCUCACUCUUGUUCUCUUUUCUCACCCCCCCUCCCCCCCAGACACAGACACACACACACACACACACUCAAACUCACUCUCUCACACACACACACACUCUCUCACUCUCUCUCUCUCUCUCUCUCUCUCACACACACACACACACACACACACACACACACACACACACACACACACGUGUGUUACUAAACUUGCAAACAAGUGUAAUUUCUGGCUUCAUCCUAGGUUUGCAGCCUCUUGAGAGUUCUGCAAGAAUGGUAAUGAAGAUUCUGCAGUUGCUUUGGUUAAGGUUAGGGCAAAGAGGAAUCGCCAGUUAAACCAAGUUUCAGUGCUGAUCACUAACCAGCAAGUCUCGCUGAUAGUGUGCUUUAGGCAAGGGUGAGAUUUGGCAUGGCAGUGAUUCUUCCUGCUGAUACUCAUCAUUCAAACGUAAUGGCUACUUGACUGAGAUCCCAGAGGGUAAGUGGCACUGCAUUGUUAUACUUUCAGCAAGGUGUGGAGAUCUUCAGGGAAGGAGAGAGAAGAACCCUUCAGACAAAAUCAGUUUUAAGGUGAGAAAAGAAUGCUAAAGUUUUCAUCUCCUAGCUUUGUAAGUUAUUUUAUAUAGAUAGUUCUGUCUGCUAUCAAUACCAAUUUGCUUACUGUUUUCUCCCAAACACUGAGUCGCAAGUUAUUAAUU